GUACCUAUAUGUCAUUCUCCCUUACAAAAUUUGCAUCAGACUCCAAUCCUCGUGCAGCCGCUUCCUCCCCCAUGGGCUCUCACAGCCACCACUUGUCCAUCCUCUCUCUCCUCCUCUUUAUGUUUGUCUCCGUCUCGGAGCAAACUCGAACGGCAGUACAGAGUAAGCAAGGGAUACAUCACAAGCAUAACUUUCGCCCGACUAGUAUAUUUGUUUUCGGAGAUUCCUACGCCGAUACCGGAAACAGCCUGAAAGGGAAAUCGAGUGCUUGGAAAGCCCCUUACGGAACAACCUAUCCGGGCAAACCCGCCGGUCGUUUCUCCGAUGGCCGAGUCCUGACCGACUUCGUUGUAACUGAAGGAGAAGGGGUGGACGCAGCAACGUACUUGGGGCUGAAAUCGCCGGAGCCGUUCGGAACGAGGAAGACGAUGGCAGAGAAUGUGAAAAGAGGAAUGAACUUCGCUUUUGGGGGCGCGGGAGUGUUCGAUGCAGAUAUUGGCGCGCCGAAUGUUUCCACUCAGAUUGAUAAUUUGGAGCAGAUGAUCAAACAUAAAGUGUACACCAGCGAGGAUCUCACCAACUCGGUGGCCCUCGUCUCCGUCGCUGGAAAUGAUUACGCCCAUUACGUGGCCACCAGCGGCUCCUUUGAGGGCCUGCCGUCGUUCAUUGCGUCAGUGGUAAAUCAGACAAGUUGGGAUUUGAUGCGCAUCCACGAGCUGGGAGUGAAGAGAAUUGUGGUGAGUGCUCUGCAGCCCCUGGGUUGCCUUCCCGUCAUCACCUACUUCUUCUCACUCAACCGCUGCUAUGAUGCCUUCAAUACCUUCGCAAUUCUCCACAACCGCCUCUUGAAUCAAAGUCUUCUUCGACUCAACCGAAUCACUCGCAGACACAACCAAUAUUCCCCAACCUUCCUCCUUCUUGAUCUGUACGCGGCUUUCACUUCAGUACUGAGCCACCCCUCCACUUAUAACAUCCCCCAGCUCUUCAAGCCAUGUUGCCUCGGAGCUAACAGCUCGUAUUCGUGUGCCAGCGUAGACGACAACCAUGUGAAGAGAUACAGUGUCUGUGAUAAUCCCAAAUCGGCUUUAUUUUGGGAUUCGGUUCACCCUUCAGAUGCAGGAUGGCAUGCUGUGUAUACCAAGCUCCGAACCUUGAGGAGUUUUCAACAGCUUCGAACUAUCCCUUGAACGUAUUAACUAAGUCAAGCAACUGAGGAAUAAUAGUCCGGCCAGAAUCGGUUUGGACUGCAAUUUGUUCGUUGUUACCGUUUGACCCUUUAACUUUCAGGUGUUACCGUGGCGCAUUACAUUGACAAAUGUUUAAUUAUAUAGCUUCAUACACACACACACACACACACACACACAUGCGAGAACGAUGUAUUCUCCUGAAAGUUAAUACGCAAGAUAUAUAUCUACAGUUAAAAUGUUCGUACUUUGUUGAAUUAGCAGGGAGAAUUAA